CGAGGCUCCAAGCGCCUUCAAUGCUAAAGCAGAACAGAAUAGUUAUAAGUACUUGACUGUACUUCUUCAGUACACUAUAAUAAUAUUCUGUUACCAACUUAAGAUCAUCUAGUUAUCGAAGUCCAAUCAAUUCAAUAGGUCGGAUGAUCCUUCCUUCGGAUCAGGAUCUACAGCAUGUGUGUACUCGUAACCUUGGUGACUAGCUGUUGAUCUAAUUGUCUAAUACCUUCUUCGUUGUCUUCCCUCUUUUACAUAGCAGCCAUAGCAGCCAUAGUUAUUACUUUCACGUGCAUUGGUCCUCUGGAGAACUGACUACUUGUCCGUCUCAACGACUCAAGCCUGAUUUUCCCACAUUUCAAAUCAACUUACGUGUGUCCGGACCGUUCCUCACCAUUUACGGAUAACCCAUAUCUAAGGCUGUUGUUGGGGUAGAAUCUUGGAUCGUGGAAAACAUUUGGACGGAUUUCAAACUCAUCCAACGUUGCAUCCCGUUGUGAAUAUGGCUUUCGGAUCCAUCCCUAGGUUCCGAAAGCGAACGGCGCCGUCCUCUCCUGCCGAAACCCACGAUGCGAGCUCCGAACCGAGUAUUGAAAAUCCGGCCGUCUUAAAACGGGCGACGAAGACACGACGUAAUGCGAUUGGAAUAUCGUGUUUCUGUUACCUAGUUGCCGUUGUCUUCCUAAUCCUAAUCGAAGUAGGCAACACGAAAAAUACCCGAGUUCUGAAUGAUAUCUAUUUCUUUAAGCUCGAUCUUUCCGAUAUCCUUCCCCAGUCAGCGCCAACCAGUUUGACUUUACAAAACUCGAUUGCGCGAACCUUGGGUCUCCAUGACUUCUAUCAGGUUGGCUUAUGGAACUUUUGCGAAGGAUAUGAAACCGAUGGUAUCACCUACUGUUCGACUCCAGCGACUCUCUACUGGUUUAAUCCCGUAGAGAUUCUGUUGGGGGAGCUGUUCUCGGGUGCUUCGAUAGCGUUGCCUUCGGAAGUAAACAACAUCUUGAACAUUCUGCGCAUUGCCUCCAAUAUCAUGUUUGGAUUUUUCCUCACCGGACUUCUUCUAAAUUUUGUUUUGAUAUUCCUCGCACCUGUUGUCGUAUAUUCUCGAUGGUGGAGCCUCCCAUUUAGCAUUAUUGCGUUCUUUUCUACACUGAUGGUUCUCAUAGCCUCAAUCCUCGGCACAGCUAUGUCUCUUAUUUUCAAGUACGCCUUAACAUCACAGCCUGAUCUCAAUGUCAGUGCGGAUGUGGGUAUAAAGAUGUUUGCAUUCAUGUGGAUAGCAACUGCAUUCACAUUCUUUGCAUUCAUUAUUCACUCUUGUCUAGGAUGCUUCUGCACAUCACGCCGAGAUAUGCGGACGGGACGGAAGGGUGGCAGUGUUCAGAGAUCUAAGUCUACUAAGAAGACAGAGACAUCAGGCUGAUUGUUGGUGAUCAAAGCCCUUUAAUCUUAAGAGGUUGUAAUCCUUCAAGGCGGCUGAAUGAAUUAAUACUAAGAGAACAAGGGGAAAACAAGGGAUGAAAGUGAGAGACAAUGCCUUUGAAUCAUGUUUCGUUCUAGACUAAGGAUUGGCGUUUGGAAUAAGAUAAAUACGGACCUAGCUAGGUAGUUAGUUGACAAAAAUGUAUAUAAUGGUUGGAUGCGAAACGUCCAUAUGAUAAAUGUGUCUGGUUGCUGAAGUUGUUCUUCAU